UCCAAAUCCAAAGCGAGAGGAAUCCUUCGAGGAGGGGCUCCUCUCAUCGCCGCGCCGAUUUCCAUGGCGGCCUCUGCCUCCUCGCCGGCGGAGGCAUCCCCGCCGCUGGAUUCUGUUGCUUCCGACGACGAGUGGGAUGCUGAUGGAUUUGUUAUUCCUAAUUUGACUAAUCAAGAUGAUGAUGUUACUACGCAUAGUGUCCCCAAAGUCACAGAUCCUAAACCUCAACAGGAAAAAGAGGAGAAGAUAUACUUGGGGCCUCAUGGGGCACCGCCAUCUCAAGCAAAGCAGCAGGAAUUGAACAGUAAGCAGCGCUUCAGAAACAAGCUAAAGGAAGCAGAUAGGAAAUCAACUGGCAAUGUUCAGGAGAACAAGGUGGAAAUCCUGAGAGAGCUCAUGGGUGCUAGAGCAGUUAAUACGGGCGUGGCCAAGAGUUCUCGUCGCGACUGGCUUGACCCACACUGUCAUGAGUCGGAGUUUGAUAGAAAACCGUGCUAGGUGGCUGCCACAUGUUAUCUCCUUUGCUGAGACGCUUGACAAACUGUAUACUUUUGUGGGUUAUCCCCAACAAUGUAUCUUCCCUAUCAGCAAAUGUAUAAAAAGAAACGACUCAUGGUAUUUUCUGGUA